AACUGAUGAGAAAUAUUAUUAUCAACUUGUUCUUGAAACCAAUUUUGCGCUAGGGCGAACCGCGGAUCACCAAUGGGUAGUGCAUAUAUUCGCGGCCAUGGGCGCAGGUGCCACGAGUACUAUAGUCACUAAUCCAUUAUGGGUGAUAAAAACACGGUUCAUG